CUUGACGACUACCAUAUAUCACGUUUUUCAUUGUCCUCGACUAGGGUCAAUAUUUGACAUUAUGAAGUGCCAGAGCCCGCUUGUAAAUCCUUUUCAAUGCAAGAACUAGAAUCCACUGUAAACACAGCACCCGCGGUCCGAGGAUGCACUGAAGACUGAACCUUGUGCUUUGACCGUCUGAAAACCAUUUUCAAGCAUAAUGACAUCCUAUGGUUCUCAGGGUCUCCUGUUUACAUGAAGUCUUUGUACUUCUGUCGAUCCUGCCCCAGCUCUCUAGGCCACUGUGGCUUACCUCUCGACUGAGGAUCUCCUCUACAUACGUCUGUUACACUAGCAUUGUCCUGCUCAGUCACCCUCCACGGAUUGACACGUCCGAGACCGUUGCUCAUGUGAAUACGUUUCCCGCUCAGCCUGAAGGCAGUGACAGUGAAGCGAUACGCUCCUUUGCUUUGACCAUCGGAUAUUAUCACUUCUUGCUAUUGUUGGACCGAGUGGCAUCAGCCUGCCAACGAAUUUCCCGUCAAAUAUUCCAUCCGGCUUGCCGAUCCUGGGGUCUACCCCGUAGUUCAACCUUUUCAUCGCAUUUUUCCAGAGAGAACCCAUAUUUUGGCUUGCACUGAAAGGCCACAGCCCCCGGACGCCAUGUACCUUUUGGGUACCAUUCCGUAUCAGACUCUGCUUCCGCCGCUUCACCCUCCGAAUCUACAUGUGCUGUUUUAGGAUGUGUGGGUUACACUGCAAUCUAUUCUAUUGAGCAGUUUAGCGAUUCCUCGAAGUUCAUCUAUUUCGUAACGUCUC